GUUUGGGCUGGGAUCUGGGCGUGUGUACUUUUCAGAAUGCCUGUGACUCCAAGGUGUAGCCAGGCACAAGAGCCUCAGAGCUUUGCUCGAAAGACUGGAAAGAAGAAGUGAAUUGUGAAAAAGAUUGGAAAAAAUGCUACAAAAGAGGACAGAAGUGAGCCAAGCAAGAAUUGAACUACUUGUAAGCAGAUCACCCGGGAAACUUGGUGAAGUGCAGAUGCCCAGGUGCUUACCCCUUAUCUGCAGAUCAGAAGGUCAGAGCUCAGGCAGCCAGGAGACUCAAGAGGCCUUCUGAGACCUCCUGCUCCAGGUCGCCAUGAGGACCUAGGACACCUGCCUGCUGACCGCCCGGCCCACAGUGAGCAUGGCCCCCCGCAAGAGGAGCCGCCAUGGCCUGGGCUUCCUGUGCUGCUUUGGGGGCAGCGAGCUCCCCGAGAUCAAUCUCCAGGACAACCGCCCACUGCAAUACAUGGAGUUCUCCAGCCCCAUCCCAAACCCGGAGGAGCUUAAUGUCUGCUUUGCGGAGCUUGUGGAUGAACUGGAUCUCACCGACAAAAACCGGGAGGCUGUCUUUGCCCUGCCUCCAGAGAAGAAGUGGCAGAUCUACUGCAGCAAGAAGAAGGAGCAGGAGGACCCCAACAAACUGGCGACCAGCUGGCCUGACUAUUACAUUGACCGCAUCAACUCCAUGGCUGCGAUGCAGAGUCUGUAUGCAUUCGAUGAGGAGCAGACAGAGGUGAGGAACCAGGUUGUGGAAGACUUGAAGACGGCUCUCCGGACACAGCCCAUGAGGUUCGUGACCCGCUUCAUCGAGCUGGAGGGCCUGACCUGCCUGCUGAAUUUCCUCCGGAGCAUGGACCACGCCACCUGUGAGAGCCGCAUCCACACCUCCCUCAUCGGCUGUAUCAAGGCGCUGAUGAACAACUCACAGGGGCGGGCACAUGUGCUGGCACAGCCUGAGGCCAUCAGCACCAUCGCACAGAGCCUGCGCACUGAGAACAGCAAGACCAAGGUGGCCGUGCUGGAGAUCCUGGGUGCCGUGUGCCUCGUGCCCGGAGGCCACAAGAAGGUCCUGCAGGCCAUGCUGCACUACCAGGUGUACGCGGCAGAGCGCACGCGCUUCCAGACUCUGCUAAACGAGCUGGACCGAAGUUUGGGCCGGUACCGGGAUGAAGUGAACCUGAAAACAGCCAUCAUGUCCUUUAUCAACGCUGUCCUCAAUGCUGGUGCUGGGGAGGAUAAUCUGGAGUUCCGGCUACAUCUACGGUAUGAGUUUCUGAUGCUGGGGAUACAGCCUGUGAUUGACAAACUCCGGCAACAUGAGAAUGCCAUCCUGGACAAGCACCUAGACUUCUUUGAGAUGGUCCGGAAUGAGGAUGACCUGGAGCUGGCCCGGAGGUUUGACAUGGUCCACAUUGACACCAAGAGUGCCUCUCAGAUGUUUGAGCUGAUCCACAAGAAGCUGAAGCACACCGAGGCCUACCCCUGCCUGCUCUCUGUCCUGCACCACUGUCUGCAGAUGCCCUACAAGCGGAACGGUGGCUACUUCCAGCAGUGGCAGCUCUUGGACCGCAUCCUGCAGCAGAUUGUCCUGCAGGACGAGCGGGGCGUGGACCCUGACCUGGCCCCACUGGAGAACUUCAAUGUCAAGAACAUUGUCAACAUGCUCAUCAAUGAGAAUGAAGUUGAACAGUGGCGAGAGCAGGCAGAGAAGUUCCGGAAAGAGCACCUGGAGCUCAUGAGCCGGUUGGAGAGGAAGGAGCGGGAAUGCGAGACGAAGACUUUGGAGAAGGAAGAGAUGAUGCGGACGCUGAACAAGAUGAAGGACAAGCUGGCCCGAGAGUCCCAGGAGCUGCGCCAGGCUAGGGGACAAGUGGCAGAGCUGGUGGCACAAUUCAGUGAACUCUCAAGAGGCCCUGUAUCCGCCCCACCUCCCCCCGGAGGCCCACUCCCCUUGUCCUCCUCCGGGACAGCUGAUGACCCGCCUCCGCCCUCACCCCCUCUCGCCUUUGCCUGCUGCUCCCCGCCGCCUCCGCCCCCCCUUCCUCCCGGUGGGCCUCCCACUCCCCCGGGCGCUCCGCCUUGCUUCGGCCUCAGCCCAGCCCUCCCUCAGGACCCCUUCCCCAGCAGUGAUGUCCCACUCAGGAAAAAGCGCGUCCCACAGCCUUCCCACCCGCUGAAGUCCUUCAACUGGGUCAAGCUGAACGAGGAGCGGGUCCCUGGUACCAUAUGGAAUGAGAUUGAUGACAUGCAGGUAUUUCGGAUUCUGGACCUAGAGGAUUUUGAAAAAAUGUUUUCAGCCUAUCAGAGGCAUCAGGAGCUGAUAACUAAUCCUUCUCAGCAGAAAGAGCUGGGCUCCACCGAGGACAUCUACCUGGCCUCCCGCAAGGUCAAAGAGCUGUCGGUCAUUGACGGCCGGAGGGCCCAGAACUGCAUCAUCCUCCUCUCCAAGUUGAAGCUUUCUAAUGAGGAGAUCCGGCAGGCCAUCUUGAAGAUGGAUGAGCAGGAGGACCUCGCUAAGGACAUGCUGGAGCAGCUCCUCAAGUUCAUCCCCGAGAAGAGUGACAUUGACCUCCUUGAGGAGCACAAGCAUGAGAUUGAGCGGAUGGCCCGUGCUGACCGCUUCCUCUAUGAAAUGAGCAGGAUUGACCACUACCAGCAGCGACUGCAGGCCCUGUUCUUCAAGAAGAAGUUCCAGGAGCGGCUGGUGGAGGCCAAGCCCAAAGUGGAAGCCAUCCUGCUGGCCUCCCGGGAACUGACAUGCAGCAAACGUCUAAAGCAGAUGCUGGAGGUCAUCCUGGCCAUCGGCAACUUCAUGAACAAGGGGCAGCGCGGGGGUGCCUACGGGUUCCGGGUGGCCAGCCUCAACAAGAUCGCCGACACCAAGUCCAGCAUCGACAGAAACAUCUCUCUGCUCCAUUACCUGAUCAUGAUCCUGGAGAAACACUUCCCUGACAUCCUGAGCCUACCUUUGGAGCUACAGCAUCUCCCAGAAGCUGCCAAAGUCAACCUGGCAGAGCUGGAGAAGGAGGUGAGCAACCUCAAGAAGGGCCUGAGAGCCGUCGAGGUGGAGCUGGAAUAUCAGCGACGCCAAGUGCGAGAGCCCAGUGACAAGUUUGUCCCCAUCAUGAGUGACUUCAUCACGGUGUCCAGCUUCAGCUUCUCGGAGCUGGAGGACCAGCUCAGUGAGGCCAGGGAUAAGUUUGCCAAGGCGCUGAUGCACUUCGGGGAGCAGGAGAGCAGGAUGCAGCCGGAUGAAUUCUUCGGCAUCUUCGACACCUUCCUGCAGGCCUUCUCGGAGGCCCGGCAGGACCUAGAGGCCAUGCGGAAGAGGAAGGAGGAGGAGGAGCGGCGCGCGCGCAUGGAGGCCAUGCUGAAGGAGCAGCGAGAGCGUGAGCGGUGGCAGCGACAACGCAAGGUCCUGGCGGGUGGCUCUCUGGAGCUGGAGGAGGGCGGCGAGUUCGAUGACCUGGUUUCGGCCCUGCGCUCCGGGGAAGUGUUUGACAAGGACUUGUCCAAGCUCAAGCGCAGCCGCAAGCGCUCAGGGAGUCAGGCCCCGGAGGGCACCCGCGAGCGGGCUCUGAACCGGCUAAAUUAUUGACUGGGGACUGGCCACACUGGAGCCAGCUACGGGCAGGGCGCAGAGCUGAGCAGCUGAGCGGAGCAGGCAGAGAAUUUCCAUUCGGUGCUGGGUGUGGAGCCCAGGGCUGGGCCCUGGGGCGAGGACUCUGUGCACCUGACCAGGUGUCUCCCCUGCUUACCUUCAGGGGCUCCUCUCGUCUCCCCUAAACAAGAUUCUUUCUGAGUCCUGGCUGGGACAGCCCUGCGCAGGAACCCCAGGCCGCGGGCACCUGUUCCCCACCCCGGCACUCACGUGUCAGGACAGAAUUCAGGCCCAGACCUCCGGAGCCAAGCCGAGGGGAGUGGCAGAGGGGUUAGAUCGCCUGGGGACCAACUUUCCCCUUGGAUGGGAACAGGAGAGGCAUCCUGUGUCACAGCAGCUAGCUCAGCGCUGGCCUGUUCCAGAAAAACCACCAUGCUGGGAAGACGAGGCAGGGCCCGAAGCUGUGAGGACGAAGUAGCAGCUUCCUACAGUGUAGGCCCUUCGGUCUUUCCCUCCAACGAAUGCACCAUCCAGAAACUCACCCUUAGCUUCCAGGAUGAGGGCUCACUCCUGGGUACUGGCUGAAUCAGCUAAGGGGGAUCUGAGAGAGAGACUUCCAUCAGCGCAUCUCAUGCUCCAGGCACAGGGACCUUGGGACCACGCCCCACGGGGCCUGACCAUGGUCAAAGCGACACAGUGACCUCCCUUGUGGCCGACAGUGCCCCACCAGAGGGUAACACUUGAAGGCCUAGCUCCUGCAGGAGCUCCCCGGUCUGCCACUUCGUAUCGUCACUUCGAGCACACCUUUUCUCUAACACCAUGGGGCAGAAGCCACCUUGGCCGUCCAUUCUGCAGGAGACCCACUUGGAAUGGCAUGUGCCUGGCCUGGGGAGUCGAGUCCUCGGGGCCAGAACUGCCCUGUGCCUUUACUGGCCACCAUCUCUAAGGCCAGCUUCUAUUGGGGACAUCAGGCUGGGGGCCGGGAUGCUGGGGCCACGUGGAUGGAGAACAGUGGCCGGCUCUGUCGGGGGUGCCUGCUCUCUGGUGCUGUUUGGUUCUUCCCCGGCUUUCAGGGCACUUCUGGCCCUCCCGUUCUCUCCUUUGUUUUUGUCCAUCUUGAAGUGUCCUCAUGGGAUGGCCAAGAUUGCUGUAUUUAGGCCAAUUUUCUAAAUGGAGGGAGUGAGGUCAGUUCCAUCGAGGCUCUUAUUUUCUUCACUGGUCCCACCCCUUUCUCUUCUGAGUCCAGUCCAGCCUGGCCCGGCCCUUCUGUCCUGCUCCUUUGCUUCAGGUUCUCUGCCAGGAUACAGACUGCUGGGCUGCGCUCCUCCUCCUGCUGCCGGUCUUUGCUGAGUCAGAUGCCUGGGGGUGGUGGGCACAGAGCCACGUGGAAGUGAGGUUGGUGAGCCCAGCAUGUGUGUUGGUUUGAGGGGGUGGGCAGGUGUGUUGCAGUGGGAGGGAUCUGAGCAAGUGCAAGCCUGGCCAUCCUGGGGCCCAGGUGAGGGCCUAGGUGAGGCAAGGCUUCUAGGAAGAGCAGCUGCAGAGUUCAGUUGGGCCCAUCUGUACCCCAGGGGCUCCCCCUGCAAGAAGCAGACCAUGGGAUGGUGGCCUCUUAGGGUCCUGUCCCCAACUGGCCUGGCUGAGUCAGCCCAACAUGUGAGGGCCAGGGAACAGGGGAGGGCUCCACUUUUAUGCAACAGGCACAUCCAAAUCCUGGACUUCCUACCUGCCAUGGAAAACCGGCUAUGCACCAGGAAAGACAGGAAUAGGAAAGCAGUUUAAGACUCAGUCCAUCUUCAGAUAGGCAAAGUUCAGUUUAACUGUUUACAGAGGGUGCAUACAUUGUUCCGGAGCCCAGCCUUUUUCUUUCCUAUUUAUUAUUUUCUAGAUUUGGCCAGUGGUUCUUGGUACUAGUUGAUGCCAUUGUAGCCAGAUCAACAAUGCCGUGGACCAUCACGGUGGUCCAUGGUCAGCAGAAAGGGGCCAGUGCCCAUGAAGAUGGCUGAGCUGGUCCUUGAUGUUAAAUAAUUAAGGCUAUUAACACGUCCCUCGGUCUUCCUUUCCCCCAUGUCCCCCUGCUCCGGCUCUCUCUGGGUAGAAUUCUCCAGCUGUCAACCUCAUGCAACCCUUCUUAGCAGCAGCCAGCACUUACAACCUAUCUAGUUAGGGAACUACGUUUGGGAGAAAAUUCUCCAGCCAGGUGGGGAAAGCUCUGGCUCAGGCUCUCCUGGCCCCUGUCCCAUUGCCACCACUGGGGAGCUGUGACCAUCUCCCCUGUCCUGUCCCAGGGACGUCCACCAACCUUCAGGCCAAGGAUGCUCCCACCAGCUCUCAGAUGACAGAUGAGGCUCAUGUGCAAAAUCUGCAGUGUUCUUUUUACCUGCACCUUUUUAUAAGAAUAUAUUGUAAUACUAAGAACUAUUAAAUCCAUACCAUCCCUCCCCA